AUGAGUGAACAAGCUCGGCCUCCCAGAGCUGCACCCGGCCGUUCUUGCGCCGUAUGUAGGAGGCGCAAAAUUAAAUGCGAUAGGAAACAACCAUGCAGCUACUGCACUAAACUGAACCUCCCAUGUUCUUAUCCAGGCUCAAUCCAAGAUGGAAAAAGCCGACCUCAAAACGACCUGCUCUCCAGACUUGAACGGCUUGAAUCAUCUUUGCAACGGCUAGCCCCCAAAGUUCCAGCUAACGAAAGCCCGCAAGUGUCUGAACCUACCUCUUCAUCCACCAAUGCAACGGGCAUUGCUACGAACAGAGAGCGGACACCAGACCCAGGGAGUGGCAGACUGAUCCUUGAGGGAGGAGACACGAGAUAUGUCACUACCAGCUUUUGGGCAGAUCUUGACGCCGCCGACAAAGACACUGCUGAUAGGGUCGAGCACCCAACAACGGCGGCGGUCGACUCAGUGCCCUCCACAGACACCGUCAAUGAAGCCGGUCGGUAUCAAGGCUUUGUCUUUGCCUUCUACUCCAAAUCAGUAGAUCUUCGCCAGCUACACCCCGUCGAAAGCCGCAUCUUCACCCUGUGGCAGGUCUUCCUGGAGAAUGUCGACCCAUUACUAAAACUUAUUCACGCUCCUACUAUCCAACGUCAAAUCCUCCGCGCCAGCCAAAACCUCGCCAACAUUCCUCCGGCUUUCGAAAGCUUGAUGUUCUCAAUGUACUACGCGGCUGUCACGAGUCUACAAUGUUCGGAUUCUUGUCAGAAUUUGUUGCAAGAAGAAAGACGGACUUUGCUCGACCGUUAUCGCUUUGGGAUUGAGCAAGCCCUGGCCAAGGCGAAUUUCAUGAGCAACCCAAAUGUGCCCACGCUUCAGGCCCUCACAUUGUACUUGACAUGUGCCCGCCAGUCUGCAAACAAGACCUACAUCUGGUCCAUGACGGGACUCCUCAUCCGACUAGCCUCGAAGUUGGGCCUUCAUCGUGACCCUGUCGCUCUUGGACUACCUCCGUUUCAAUCAGAGAUGCGGAGGCGCUUAUGGUGGCAGAUUCUGAUUCUGGACAUUCGAACAGCAGAAGACAACGACCUAGACCCCCUUAUUUGUGAGCACCAUUUUGACACGAAGUUUCCAGCAAAUGUAAAUGACGUCGAUUUGGACGUUAACAUGACCGAGGCCAUCGCGGAAUCUCAGCAUCGAACGGAGAUGUUGUUCACCUUGACCCGUUUGGAGGUCAGCUAUGGUGCACGGAAGUUGGUCUUUUCUCCUAAGUUUACAGCCGAUAAUGGAUACCCCAGUCUCUCAUCGCAGGGGAGAAUCGACAUGAUCGAGUCUCUGCUCAAAAACAUCGAACAGAAAUAUCUGAGAGAUUGUGAUACGAAAAUCCCCAUUGGCUUCCUUGCUGCCACAGCUACAAGAAUGGUCCUGGCCAAGAUCAAGCUCACCCUCAGUCAUCCUGCGCGCAGCAGAGCUUCUGGAAUCUCGCAUGAUGGGCUUCAAGAACUCAUUGAGAAUAGUAUUGAGAUUGUCGAGUAUGCUCACACUUUGCGGUCAAGCGAGAAGUAUUCCCCUUGGGUAUGGCUCUUCCAGACUUACAUUGAAUGGGAUGCUGUGGCAUUUUUGUUGCAUAGCAUCAAUGCCGUACAAUUUCCGACACUACUCGAACGGGCGUGGAAGACGGUCAGCACAUUUUUCCGAGAGUGGAAAGACCAGGUCAUCGAUGGUGACAUGCGAUGGCGCCGACUGGAAAGCCUCAGAGCAAAAGCUGCAGCCAAGUUGACUUCACAGAAAUUUCUUUCGAGCACCGACGGAGAGAUCCAGCUGACUGCAACGUCUUUCGAGCGAACCCCCGGUAUAAGUGCCCUGUCUAUGUCGACAAGCUUGAGAGAUGUCACAGCACUCAGCGACUCCAGGGCACAGCCCAACCUGGAAAGCGAGCAUCACUCAGUCUUUGCCAACUCCAAUUUCCCUAGCAUUCAGGGUCAGGCUAUUACCGAAGACUGCAUCGAUUGGAGCUUCGACAACAUUCCAUAUGUUAUGCAAGGAGCGCCGUCGUGGGAAACGGACAUUGAUGAGGAUGCGUUCGAUUCGUGGUUUGAACGAUUCGGAUCUUCACGAUCCUUACAGACCUCAUGA